CUUCAGUCGUGCCUGAGGUGUCCGCUUUAUUUGUUUUCACACGUCAUUUCAAAGCUCUCCGUUGAGCCAAAGUAGGUAGGUACGAGUCAGAGUUUUGCAGCUCUUUAAGCAGAUUCUUUUCGGAGUAGCGUGGCUGUCUCUCCCUUCUGUCAACGUCCCCGGCCUACGCUCCCUCCAAAUACUAUGUUAUAUUGAAACUCAUCAUGGCUGAACUCAAGACCGACCUCGAUUAUGAAGUUGAAGCUGCUCAAAAGAAGUCGAUCUUCACUGCAAAUCGCUUCUUGUAUGCAUCUGCCACAGGCUUGACCUGCCUCAUUUUCUAUCUGCUGCUUGCCUUCACUUUCUCUCCUCGCAGCCUAUUUGAGGAAGACUCUGAAUCGCUGACGACGCAUAUCGGCGAGCCUGGAGGAUGUUCUAAGAUCCAAUUCCGCCGAGAAUGGCGUAAUCUGCGCAAAGAUGAACAGUUGGAGUAUAUCGACGCCAUCAAGUGCCUUCAGACCACUCCAGGACUUUAUCGUGACGAUCAGUCACUGUACGGCGACUACGCAAACUUGCACAGCCAUGCAGGCAAGAUUGGUCAUGAUACAACACUUUUUCUGCCAUGGCAUCGUUAUCUGCUCCACAAUUUCGAGAACGACUUGCGGACGCACUGUGGGUUUAAAGGCACCAUCCCAUACUGGAAUUGGGUUCUCGACUGGGAAGCACUCGAUCAAGCUCCUGUAUGGGACAAUGUUUAUGGGAUAGGUGGCAAUGGGACAGGUGAAGAGUCUGUGGGUCACGGAAGAUGUGUCGAAACAGGACCAUUCUCUCACUACCAGGCGCUUCGCUUCGGUGCAAAUGAAACCCAUCACUGUCUGUCACGAGGAUUUCUGACUGGCGAGAAGUCUGACAGGUACAGCGCAGAGUUGCAACCAGAGAAACUCGACGACAUCAUGCAAAAGGACGACUACUACGAUUUCUGGAAUACACUAGAGUUUGCAGCACAUGAAGCCAUCCCACGCUGGAUUCAGGGGGAAUUCUUCGAAUUCACUUCUCCAAACGACCCAAUCUUCUACUUCCAUCACUGCCAGGUCGACCGUCUCUGGGCAGAAUGGCAGCUCGCGGACCCAGAACACCGUGCCGAAACCAUCUUUGGGACUAUGGUCGACGACGAGCUGGAACUUGAUAAGCUUGGGCCUAAGACGCGUAUCCGUGACAUCUUGCACACAGAUAGUGGUCCGCUAUGCUACCGCUACUUGAAGUAGUAUCGGCUCCGGGACCAUCUACGUUCCCGAUGUUCCGUAUAGCAAAGCGUUAGAGCGCUUGUUGGCGCUGUUGGCGCAACGUCUGCAGCGGUACAUAGGGUUGCUAGCCGCCGCACUAGAGUGGUGGAUCUACCGACGGACCUCUUUCUCCCGAUGUAUCUGCUACUUCAUAUCAAGUCUUCGAUUCAAUACAUCACGAUCCAAUCCAUCGGUAUUCAGAGAAACUGUAGCGUGACCGUCUCGGCCGGGUCUAGAUUUGUGACCUCUAGAGCCGUCACAGUACAUGGGCUCAGACACUCGGAGGCU